AUACUGACUCUGUCUCAGCCAUCUUGGAUAAGGGCGACGACAUACAAAGGGAAUUGCUGCGGAACUUGAAAAAUACCAUUUCUUCUCAAAACACUGUCUUCCUUACUCUCGUUAUUAGACGUGCGGCUAGAGUGAACAAAGGUAUAGACUCUGACACCAGACAUCUUUCAUUAGCCCUACUCAAAAAUGGCGGUAGCAUAAGACUCCCGGGCCAUAGGUCGGUUGUAACCCGGAGGUAUUCUUCUAAAGGAGGGGGCGGUGAAGCAAUCCGGAAGUGGAUGUAAUGAAGAGGUGCCACUUGGCGGCCAUGGCAGCUGUAGUAUCGGUGGCUCCGGGUCAAGGCCCAGCGGAGUGGAGUAAUAUGGGCAGCAUCGGGUAUAGGGCAGAGACAGCUUCAUAUCAGCUUCGCUGCUGAACCCCUGAGCCCAUCGUUAGAGACCUGCAGGACUCUUGCCCCAUUCUAGACUCGGAGAGUUGGCUGGCACUGGUGGGCUGGUCCCAGCCUGGGGGGGACUGCCCCAGGGACAUAGGGGCGCCGGGAGAAAGAACAAGUUUGCUUGGGUUUUCCUCCUUUUCCUGCUGCCCCCUGGGACGUUGUCUGUGGAGGGAGUGGGCCCAUUGUGCCACCAUUCCGACCAUUGAAGAAAUCGCUCUUUCGCAUACCUUUAACUGUUAACCGUAGGGAAUCCAGUGACUGGCAUCUGAAAACGCAGGGUCCGGGACCUGAGAUUGCUGGAAGUUCUGUCUGGUGCUAAUAUCAGGAAAAAGGGGCUGUUUCCAGGUGCGUUCCAGAGAAGGGUUUCGUGAACACAUCUGCUGGUGGGGAGGACGAAAGAACUGGAAAGUCCGCUUGUUCUCUUGGAAACACCACACGCGUUUAAGAACCUAAGGACCCUUCGAAGCCACUGAAAAUCUGUAGUCUGCUGGCGGUGGGUAAAUAAAGGAGGACAGAAUGGAUGAUUUCAUCUCCAUUAGUCUGUUGUCUCUGGCUAUGUUGGUGGCAUGUUACGUGGCUGGAAUCGUUCCCUUGGCUGUUAAUUUCUCUGAGGCAACAGUUGGCUAGAGCUGACUAGCCGUAGCUUGUCACAGUCCUCCUUGACUGUGAAGCCUACCUCACUUACUUGGGCCACCUGUCCAGUACUUUGUGAGCCUGCUCCUCCAACUAUCUGGAGCGGCUAAAGCUGGUGACUGUUUUGGGUGCUGGCCUUCUCUGUGGAACUGCACUGGCGGUCAUCGUGCCCGAAGGAGUACACGCACUUUAUGAAGAUAUUCUUGAGGGUAAACACCACCAAGUGAGUGAAACACAGAAUGUGAUUGCAUCAGACAAAGCAGCAGAAAUACCAGUUGCCCAUGAACAUGAGCACAACCAUGACCACACACAGCUGCAUGCCUAUAUUGGUGUUUCCCUCGUGCUGGGCUUCGUUUUCAUGUUGCUGGUAGACCAGAUUGGCAGCUCCCAUGUGCAUUCUACUGAUGAUCCAGAAACAGCAAGGCCCAGCAAUUCCAAAAUCACCACCACACUGGGUCUGGUCGUCCAUGCUGCAGCGGAUGGUGUGGCCUUAGGAGCAGCAGCCUCUACUUCACAGACUAGCGUCCAGUUAAUUGUGUUUGUGGCAAUAAUGCUACAUAAGGCACCAGCUGCUUUUGGGCUGGUUUCCUUCCUAAUGCAUGCUGGCCUAGAACGGAAUCGAAUCAGAAAACACUUACUGGUCUUUGCACUGGCAGCCCCAGUUAUGUCCAUGGUGACAUACUUAGGACUAAGUAAGAGCAGUAAAGAAGCCCUUUCAGAGGUCAAUGCCACUGGAGUGGCCAUGCUUUUCUCUGCCGGGACAUUUCUUUAUGUUGCCACAGUACAUGUCCUCCCUGAGGUGGGUGGAAUGGGGCACAGCCACAGACCCGACCCCACUGGCGGGAGGGGCCUCAGCCGCCUGGAGGUGGCCGCCCUGGUUCUGGGUUGCCUCAUCCCGCUCAUCCUGUCAGUAGGACACCAGCAUUAAAGGUCGGAUUCGGGCCUCAGGCCACAGCUGUUCGCCAUCCCGUGAGAACAGCCAGCACGUGACAGCUGCUCACUUCCUCAGUCUCUUGUCUCACCUUGCCCCAUCUCCACCUGUGUUCCUAGAGUCCGGAGGGAGGUGAGAUUAAAACCUGGAGUAAUGGAAAGCUUUUAGAGUAGAAACAACACACUGUGACUGGAUAGAGACAUUCCGUUGUGUUGUUUUUUUAAAGGGCCCUUGGCAUUUUGAGUUUUGAUGUUUCUCUUAACCCUAUGCUCAGGGAAGAUGGAAUUUCAUUUUAAGGAAAAGUGGAGAACUUCAUACUCACAAUGAAAAAGUAAUUAUGAAAGUAUAGUGUUCUGUAAUUAAGCUGGAUCUCUGUCUUAGUUUAGAGGCUCUGCCACUUACUUUAUCCAUUGAUUUUUAACAUGGUUCUCACCGUGUAAGACUGGUGCUUUAGCGUCUGUGCCACACGCCUUGAUAAAGGUCAUCAUGCCCACUGUCUUAGAUGCUAAAGACAAUUGUAGUUUAUUUGGGGCAAGAGUCAGGAAAAUGACAGCAAGGCACAUGAAAAGCUGACUUUUUACUCGAGAGCUGUCCGUUGAAAAGAGGCUGUCUUGGAGAGACUUAACACCUCCUUUCGCGUCCGCCUCUUCCUCUUUAAAGAGAGCCCGCUGUUCAUCAGUGGAGCAACAGAGAUGGACUAGCAUCGAAGGAGGAGGCCACUAGUAUUUCUUCUCAAGUUCUCCUUUGCAGAGUACCUGCCUCCAGUGCAAAGGAGCCAAGUUCUGGUAGGUUCAGGCCCACUCAGGCUUUCCUUCAAAAACAGUCAGAUCCCAAAGUGUCUUUUGAAAUGAAGGGAUGUUAAUUUCAAGUAAGUUUGGAUAGUAAGUGACGUUUUUGUCAUAAUCUUUUUAAAAGUAAGAUAACCAAAACCCUGUGUUGUCCCUUUUUUUCUUUUUACGUAUUUAUCUUAGCAGACUAGCAGUCCCUCUGGCAAAAUACUUGGUGUCCUUUGGAGAGUGCUAGGUCAGCGUCACAUAAGCACCUGUAGCAGUGAAGAGAGUCAAGAUGUAGGACAAGUGAGAAGUGUUUGCCUCUUGAUUUAAAGCUUAUUGAAAUCAUGUCUCUUGUCUCUUCAUCUUUUCCGUGCUUUCCUCCUGACCGCUCCCCCCCCAGCCCCUCCUCCCUAUCUAUAAUUUGCUGCUUACUGCGGGUGGCGAUGUUGGUAUCUGUGUGAAUUGAAUUCUCAUCAGGACAACCACUUCUUGAACUGUGAUGAUGAAGAUAACAUUGUCUCUGUUCUUUAUUCCCUUCAAUGAAGUUACCUUUGUGUCAAAUGCAACUUUGUUAACCCCUUAAAAUAUCACUUCCUCAUAUGUGAGAUGACACAAUCACUAAUGUUCUGGUCAUUUAAACAGUUCAGAUAGUAAAAGUGUUUAACAAACUGGGAUGAUUUUUCCAUAUUUGCCAAAUCCCUGUAAACUUUCUGUUAUCAACUAAGUGUAUAAUAGUAUGUUAUUAAUUUAUUUUGAUCUUCUGUACCAUUUCAAAACACAUUAUAUAAAGAGGGAACCAAGAUUAUGUUCUUCAGGGCAGUGGGUUUAGGAGUUCGUAAAAUGUCUUAUAUGACGUAUAUACCAGCAUGCCUAUAAUUUCUUUAUUUCCUUCCUGGAUUUGUCACUGGGUCAGCAGCUAUGGAAACAGAACUUGCGAGCCCUCUGCCGGCCGUAGACCAAAGUAGCAUAAAUAGGAUAGGGUUUUCUAUAGUGGCUGGCAACCAUUGCAUACGAUUUGUUAAAACCAACAGAAGGCACAGUCUGGAAAGUCUGAGUGACUUUCCUGAUAACAGCUCUGACUUAUGGGAGUCAUGGGGCUUCGUCUGGCCCUUCGAGAUGUCAUGGUUGCCUUGAUUCUCCCUGGAAAUUUACUUUGUUAAUAAAUAGUACAUCUUAGUGUCUGGUUUGGUUUGGGUAGCAGCACUUCCUAUCAUACUGUUGCGUGCAAUCAUGAGAAAUUCGUUCUGCUGGCCGAAGCCUCUUUCAGCAGUGCUUUGCCAUCAUUAAAAGUUUGGCUAGAAUAUCUUGCUUGGUGGGGGGGCCUUGAACUCUGGCAAGGACUGAACCAUCAAACUUCCAAAUUUGCGUUCCCCUCUGGACCUCGCGUUAACAAGCAGACCUUGCAAGGCCUACCAGCUUUUGGGAGCUGCGGGCUUUCCCAGAUUUUAAAGCUGCUGCCUCAGGAGCUACUCAUUUCUCUCCUGGUCAGCAGGCAGAAAUAGCCAUACUAACCUUAGAGGGCUCAAACGCACCUCUAGGCAGCAGGGGACCGAGCAGCAUGGCAGAGGCCUUCUUCACUGGGGGAGGAACUUGCUCGUGCUGGGCAGUGUCCCAGAAGGGGCCACAGUGGUGGUCACUUACUGGCACAUUUCAGUUCUGUUUUCCUCUUGUGUUCACUGCCUCCUUAGAUGUAGAUGCCUUAAUGCUCUCAUGCAUUUGGAAACAUUGGCCAUACUUAAGUUGCUGCCAUGAUCACAGAUGGAAUUAUUGGCUACCAAAGAGAUGCACCUGAUGAUGAAGAGUACAGCCCUUCCUUCCUCAUAACCAAAGUUAGUCUUCAUUGCAAUUUGACUCCAUUUCCUUGGUAGGGACAGAUUUCUUCAGAUUCCGAAUGUACUCUUAAAUGGCAAAUGAAGGUGGAAAACGCUACUGGUCCAUUCCCCUCCCUUGUUUUCCAGCGAGUUGCGUAUCAGUCCCCAUUUCCCCGAAGCAGCGCUGUUCUAGGGCUGGCUGCUUUCCUGUGCAUGCUGUUGCCAGAUUUUUUUAGGCAGAGGCUCUGCACUGGAGUGUAGAGAGUUGGAAACAGUUCCAUCAACAGAGGCUACGUGUUCUCUCUUCCCCCUAUCACUUUUCUAUCACCUAUUCAAAACAGUUGAGUCAGCCCUGUUCUUGUAUUUUGAAUCAUUAGAGAAAGGACAGAGGUGGUCGUUUCGCAGGGUCAGUUCUUUGCACAGAGGAGACGAUGAAAUUGUGUUUUUUACCAGCCUACUUCUAAGUGUCACUGCCUGGUUUUUCUCUUUUUCAAGGAUUAGAACUAGAAGGACACACCAGCAUUGGAGUAUUAUGCCCCUCAGACCCAUGGUAACUAGAUACUAAACAGGGGAGCUGUCUACCAACAGCCCAGACCUCCAGAAAAUUUCUUGCCUACAGGGCCUCUGGGCCCCUUGAGAGACUGGAGAAUAUUGACCAGAUUCUUCCCAAACUGCUGCAGUGGAAGGUGAUCUACAGGAGAACCAUCCUUCCAUUAGAAAAUUUCUACUCAAAACAGAGUGAUCCCAAGAGCACUGUUGGGGAUGCUAUGAAAAUAAAACCAAUGAUGGAGCUCUACCCCCCCCUGCUUUGUACCUGAGACAUCUAGAUUAACCCCAGGAGAUUUGAGGGGAAUUUGUGACUUGUAGGAAAAGACUAGACAACCAUUGGGAAUUCUCUAGAUAUGCUCAUCCGAACGCAAGGAAAUUGGCUUUGAUCUUUUUUCUGAUAGCAUCUUCUAGCAAGUUGGAAGUCUCAUGGGAUAAAACUGCAGUUCCCCUGGUUCAGUAGUCCAAACAGUGAUUUUAAAUGUCCCCUUUUCUGGAUCCUUUGUAAACAUGAAAUCAUUCCAUGGAUGGCUGCCUUAUAAUUUUGUCUCUUUCCACGUUAAUUGUGAAUGGUUAAACAAUUUUUUUUGCUGUUUUCUGAUUUGUUUUAUGAUAUUAAAUUUUUAUUAGCGGA